AGAUGCGCCCGAGGCAGUGAAGAGGCGGGGCGAGGGCGGGAACGCCGAGCAAGUAGGGCGGAGCCUAAGCUCUUCCGAGGUCCCAGCCGGGAGCCUGUCCCCUCCAGGUGGCGCCCCCGCGUGACUGCGCUUUACAUAAUCGGGGCCUGGAGCGUCACAGUGGCGUACUCCAGGCCAGACCGAAUCAGAGUGGGCGAAAGCUCCGUGUUCCGCCCCUUCCCACUUGAUCGACGUCAAAGCUCACCAGUGAGCGAGCGUCUAGAGUCGCCGUGCCCGCCCCAGCCCGCCCGGGUCCGCCCCGACCCGCCUGCGCCCGCCUGCCUGCCCGCCCGCCUGCCGCAGCCAGCAGCUUGCAGCCGCCGCCGGGUUGUACCUCAGACUGUCAGAUAAAUCGGCGGGCCGGGCCGGCGGGUCGGUGAGCGCGGCCCGGGCCGGACAUGGCGGCGCUCUACGCCUGCACCAAGUGCCACCAGCGCUUCCCCUUCGAGGCGCUGUCUCAGGGGCAGCAGCUGUGCAAGGAAUGUCGGAUUGCACACCCUGUUGUGAAGUGCACCUACUGCAGGACUGAGUACCAGCAGGAGAGGCUAGAGUGCAAUGGCACGAUCUCGGCUCACUGCAACCUCCACCUCCCAGGUUCAAGCAAUUCUCCUGCCUCAUCCUCCCGAGUAGCUGGGAUUACAGGCAUUAAAACCAAUACAAUAUGCAAGAAGUGUGCUCAGAACGUGCAGUUGUAUGGAACGCCCAAACCUUGUCAGUAUUGCAACAUAAUUGCGGCAUUUAUUGGGAAUAAAUGCCAGCGCUGCACAAAUUCAGAAAAGAAGUAUGGACCACCCUAUUCUUGUGAACAGUGCAAGCAGCAGUGUGCGUUUGACAGGAAAGAUGAUAGAAAGAAGGUAGAUGGGAAAUUGCUGUGCUGGCUGUGCACACUUUCAUACAAACGGGUCCUUCAGAAGACCAAAGAGCAGAGGAAACACCUGAGUAGCUCUUCUCGUGCUGGCCACCAGGAGAAGGAGCAGUAUAGUCGCCUGAGUGGUGGUGGCCAUUAUAACAGCCAGAAAACACUUUCUACAUCUUCAAUUCAAAAUGAAAUCCCAAAGAAAAAGUCCAAGUUUGAGUCAAUCACAACUAAUGGAGACAGCUUCUCCCCAGACCUGGCUCUGGACUCACCAGGCACUGACCACUUUGUCAUCAUUGCCCAACUGAAGGAAGAAGUGGCUACCCUGAAGAAGAUGUUGCAUCAAAAGGAUCAAAUGAUUUUAGAGAAAGAGAAGAAGAUUACAGAGUUGAAGGCUGAUUUUCAGUACCAGGAAUCGCAGAUGAGAGCCAAAAUGAACCAGAUGGAGAAAACCCACAAAGAAGUCACAGAACAACUGCAGGCCAAAAACCGAGAGCUCCUGAAGCAGGCAGCUGCUUUGUCCAAGAGCAAGAAGUCAGAGAAGUCAGGAGCUAUAACCUCUCCAUGACAGACCUCAAGGAGGCUCCCUAGCAACAGCAAAUGGAGUUGUCCAGGGUUAGGGUUGGAGACCUGGCUGUUCUGUGGGAAUUGCAAGCUUUCUUAAGAAAUCUCUAUUUUAUUACAGUUAUCCUUCUUUGUGCGAUUGCAGUGGGCUGAAUGGAAACACCUGGUUUGUGCUGUGUUAGACUGCAUGCUUGAGUGUUUGGGAUUUCAAGCUCUCUCUCUUUCUCUUACUAUUAGGACUUUUCUUUUUCUUCUUCCUCUUCUCUAUCUAUUUUGGUUCUAUUCUUUUUUUUUUUUUUUUUUUUUUUGUGGUGGUCACUGCUCAGUGUAAUGUGCAGAAUGAUUUGGUUUUUUUUUUUUUUUUUUUUUUUUUGAUCCAUCAUUGCAUCCUGCCAUACCCAUGAGCAAACAGUUUGGCAUUAAUUAUAUAUCACUGCCACCCUCUGAACUUUGAAAACUGCCACCUUCAGACUUGGUAUAAUGGAAGAGGCUUUCUCUCUCCAAUAAACCUUUUGCUUCAGGGUAUACUCUUGGGUUUUUUUCCGGAUGUAUUGUGUAUGAACUUUGUACUAUGUAUAGCCAGAGUUUUAUUUAUUUUUUAAAAAAGAAACUUUUUCUUGAUAAAGGAAUAAUGGUAGUCUAGCUAGUUCUUGUAAAAGUGAUGCCUCUUGAAAAAAAACAGUCCUAUUCACUAGCUUUUAGUAAAAUAAUCAGAUCUUUUCUUGUUACCUUGGAGUCUUAAAAACUGAUUGCUAAGGUGAAACAAUUCAAUGCAUAAGUAUGGAGCUAAGUGCCUUUUGGAGGAUUUCUUGGAAGAGCAUUUAUGGAGAUACUUAAGGGAGGUAGCAAAGAUUUGAACCGUCUGUCUUUUUAAGUAAGGGCAGAAAGCAAGGUUGUCCAGGUUGUACUGGACACUUCUCUCCCCACCCUUUUCCUGAUUGUUUUAUGUGAUUGAUUUUAAAUUCUCACACUGCCACUUCUUUAAAAAAUAAAAUCCUUUAUUUGCUUAUAUCAGUUGUCAUACUGGGCUGCUGUCAGAGAACUUUUUUUUACAUGAAUGAACAGAUUAAAAAUGGAAUAAUAUGGUCGGGCGCGGUGGCUCACGCCUGUAAUACCAGCAAUUUGGGAGGCCAAGGCAGGUGGAUCAUUUGAGGUUAGGAGUUUGAGACCAUCCUGGCCAACAUGGUAAAACCCCAUCUGUACUAAAAAAAUACAAAAAUUAGCCGGGCCUGGUGGCACGCACCUGUAAUCCCAGCUACCCAGGAGGCUGAGGCAGGAGAACUGCUCGAACCUGGGAGGCAGAGGUUGCAAUGAGCUGAAAUCGCAACACUGCACUGCAGCCUGGGCAAUGGAGUGAGACUUCGUCUCAAAAAAAAAAAAAAAAGAAUAAUAUUUGAACUACAGAGCAUUUUGGGGGUCAGCAUGAGCUGCUCUAGUAAGGACUCUUGAGUCUGGGAUAAGUGGUAUCACUAUACCUUCUCCCCACUCCUCACCCACCUGAGCCCAUACACUCCCUGCUUUUCAUGGAUAUGUAUUGAAAACAGAUGCUUCUCAGAAGCGCUUUGCCUCAACCAGAGUUAUGUGUGCCCUGCCUAUCUUCCCUUCUUAACCCUGUAGGAAUAUGGAUUUACUUUUCCAGGAAAGGGGAUAGAUUUACAUUUCUAGGCAUACUCUCAGGUCCUCUAUGUGAUGUUUGUGAAAGGAAUUAGGGUGUGUCAUGUGUGCCAUGAAACAACAAAACCAACUACCCUAGAAUCAUUUAUGCAGGGGGUACUAGAAUUAGAAAUAAUAACGAGGGCAGAUAACAUUUGUACCUCAGUCUACCAAAAAUUAUAGUACUAAAUUUAACUUCUAGGCAUUUCCAGGAAGCAGAUGCUCUAUAAUUUGUGAUAGCAUUCUCAUAAAUGGAGUCCUACACAUAAUUGGGCAGAGAUGUGGAAAUGGUGGUUUCCUUCUGAUAAGGGAUACAGUGGACCAUGUCGCUUAUAUAUCACCCUACUAGGGGAUAUAAUUUUCCCUUCUAAGCAAGGGAAAUGGCAGUGCUAAAUAGUUUUGUAAAGUUUUUGAAUGAGAAGCUUUUAGGUAAAGAUAAACUGUCAUAAUAUUUUUCAGAUGCAUUUGCAUUGACUAUGGGAGAAAAAUUAGGGGGAAAUGACAGUCAUGGUGGUUUUUUUUUUAAUUUUAUUUUAAGGACUGAAAUUCUGUUACAUGAUGUAUGACAAUAUAAAAACAUACUUAGUUUUAUACUAAAUCUUUUUUUAAGGUCUUGGCAUUUAAUAUAAAGCAAAUUCACACAUUUUCUAACUUUCCGUAAGUUCCAAAAAGGGAAAUAAGAAACCUCAGUCUUGAAAUUUUGAUUUUUAAAAAUCAUGACACUGUUUUACCAUGAAAUUGAGUAGCUAACUUUUGGUAACACCUUUUGUUUCUUUGUAUGUUUGUAAUAAUGGACAUUUUAAAACACAGGAAUGUUUUGGUUUGUACAGACUUUGACAAAUGUGUGUUAAUAAAAAUUCACAUUGACUCAAGUGUAA